AAUCUUACUGUAAGUCUGACUGUAUUUUAGAAAACGUCUGAAACAAUCGACAUGGACUGCUUAAACGUUGCCAAAAUUUUACCGCAUUCCCCACAGAAGAUACGAGGACAGAUUCAGGUUAUUUUCGGACCGAUGUUUUCAGGAAAAAGCACUGAACUGAUGCGGCGCGUGCGGAGGUUUCAGGUGGCUCAGUAUUCCUGUCUGCUCAUCAAAUACGCCAAAGACACACGCUACUCUCAGACGGGGAUGGCCACGCAUGACAUGAGCACGAUGGAGGCCGUUCCUGCCAGCCGUCUGCGGGACGUCCAGAGUCUGUCGCUCCAGGCCUGUGUCAUCGGCAUCGACGAGGGACAGUUUUUUCCAGACACCGUUGAGUUCUGUGAGGAAAUGGCCAACAUGGGAAAGACCAUCAUAGUAGCAGCACUGGAUGGAACCUUCCAGAGAAAGCCCUUCGGUAAUAUCCUGAAUCUGGUUCCUCUGGCGGAGAGCGUGGUCAAACUGAACGCCGUCUGCAUGCAGUGCUACAAAGAAGCCGCUUACACCAAAAGACUCGGAGCUGAACAAGAGGUGGAGGUGAUCGGCGGAACUGAUAAAUAUCACGCUGUGUGUCGAGCGUGUUAUGGAGGGCUCAUGGCGUGUAAAGAGAACCACGAUCCACAGAGAGAGGAGACGCCGCCACACGUGAUGUCAGGAAAACCGCUCGCUCAAAGCGCUCCACGAAAACUCUUCGCUUCCCUUCAUUUAUGAGCCGGACUGUUACCACAUAGAUUUAACUCACUAGAGUGAGAAUUUAGCACUUCCAUUUUUUCCUGUGUGUACAGUAGCUUGUAGUUUAAAGUGGUUCGUAGUUUAAAAUAUAGUGGGUUUGUACUUUCAGUUUAAUAAUGAGUCAAUCAUUUGUAUGCAUUUUAAUUUAAACAAUUUUAAAAUAAUUUAUAAUUGUCUAACGGAGCGACCAGCUGACACCCAGAAACACUGCCAACGAGUGAUGUGUUAUGAUUAUAAUGAGAACGAAUAAAAUUUGAGUUGAUUUUGA